AACUUACUAAAGUUUUACCCAAGAUGGAAAAUGAUGAACAAACGUCCAAACGGAAAAUGACCAAAAAUCGAACCAAUGGGAAGACGUUUUUAGGACCUUCAAAUUCAAUCCCAUAUAGAUGCCAAUGGUACUUGGAGCAGACAAUAAUAACAUUAGAAAGAUAUACAUGAGGGGGACGGGCAAUUUCGACUUUCAAUCCCAUAAAACAAAUGAAUUUCAGUUUUACUGCGUCGUUUUGAGAAUCUCCAUCCCAACCCGUCUUUUACUUGAGCCCCAAGUUUUUCUCUAAACUAAAUUAAAAAACGUCCAAAUGAAAAGAGUACCCGAUACAUAUCUAUAUCUCCACCUUACGUAUCUCUCUCCUCUUCUUUUCGAUCCUCACCGCCUUACUUUAAUUUACCCUUUUGUACUCUCACCCUCUGCCCCCUUAAACCCCCCCUUCCUCCCCCAAGCUUUUUAUAUAUAAUAAACCCCCCUUUCUCUUUCUCUCAUCACUCUUUUUCGUUUUCCACUCCUGAUUCUUCCGCUUAUAUUUGCAGUUUCUUCUGAAGCUGACGUCAUUAACAUGGUGGAGGCCGCUGCCGUUGGUGGUGUUGUUGCUGGAGGGGGAGUUCCGUUCCCGGUUGUUUUCUUCGAUGGAGAGUGUGAAACUGGUAUAGGGAAUGUCGUUAUUCAUCCAGCCAUGGAUUUCAAGGCUUUCCAAUCGAUUCUUAGCCGUAAGAUCGGGAUCUCGCCUCAUCAAUUCUCCGUCUAUGUUGCAGACGGCAACAACCCGCGCAACCGCUUCCCUAUAACUGGGAAAAUAAAUUUCUCAGCGCUUUCUUACGAAAAGGACUGUUUCUUCCUCGUUGUAUUGAAAAGAUCACGGCGGUCACGCACAAGGAAAGGAAAGAACGCGGAAUCGUCUCCUCCGAUGGCGGAGAUAAAGAAGGAACCGCCAGCGAAUGCUAUGUUGUUGAGGCGAGGCGGUGGUGGGGGUAGUGAAUUGGUGGAGGCGAGGGUAUGUACGGGAUUGGAUGAAUUUGAGAGGAGGGUAAGGGAUUUGCAGAUGGAGAAAGAGAGGUAUUUGGUGAAUUUGGGAAGUGCCAAUCUGAGAAUUGCAAGGGAAUCGAAAAGUUUGUUUUGUGAAGAGUGCGAGAAGGCCAAGGUUAUCGGAACAGAUAUCGACUUUCAUUGGUGCGUUUACGACGCCGUUACUUUCGGGUUCCGGUCUCACGCCGGUCCGAUUGCCCGACCCGCAAAAGGCUCCGGUUAUUGAAAGUAGGCUUAUAAUGAUGAUGAUUGUUAUUAUUGGUUUUAAGUAGAAAGGAUGUUUUUCUAUUUGUUUUUAGCCCCUGCGAAGAGAGGGGUUGAAUUGAAACAAGAAAAUUAUUUGGGCGCAGUUGAGCUUUUACAUGUAUUUUUGGAAUGAAGAGGUGGAAUUGAAAAUAGUAUGAAAGGAAUAUAUAUAUAUAUAUAUAUAUAUAAAAUAUAGUUGGAAGGAUUAUAGGAGCUUUGAUUUUCUUUUUUCUUUUUAGGGAAUUGAUGAUUUGCAGUAGCAUCCUCCCUUAUUGUUUGUAGGGAUGGAAAAUUGAAGUUAAAAGAACAUGGUGUUCUCAUGGAAAGGAAAA